GAGCUUCUGAUGGAUGCCAAGAUGGUAACAAGGUAUCUGGUCAGCUGCAUAGAUAUGAGCAUCUGAGUAGAAUGGCAGCAAUUGACGAGUCAGAAAGCCUUUCUGAUAUCGAUGAUGUUGAGGUUGACAAAUAUCUGCACAGUAAGGAAGAGAUGCAUUA